AUGAGUUCUACCAUCAGUGAUGCGACUCGGGUGCUCAGUAAUACUUCUAUUAACUCGGACCCUCGAGUCUUGAGAAACUUUCAGCCUCUCACUCGUCCUAUUCUGAAGUUAGCGUUCAAAGUCUUAUGCGUUGUUGCAGUCUCUCGGACGUCUCUCGAUCACUGGGGAAACACAAAAAACGAUGAAUGGAAGGACCAUGUCACAGUGAUGAUCAAUCGUUUCCAGAACUCAAACAUCACUGCCGGGCUGGUACUCGCAACUGCCGCUUUGCUCCUGGUGUCAAGCUCUCCUGUAACUAGCUUGAUGGCUUUUGACACUCCAGCCUCCUAUGUCUUCGCCAUCAUUGCAUUUAGUGCUGCAUUGCUCAGUGUAAUAUCAGGAGCUGCGGUCGUGGUCAUCUACGAAACUAGCAUCACUCACAAAGACAUGGAAUCCCUCAGAGACAUGCCACGACACCAAAUUAUCUGCUUGCUGUUGUGGUUGGCAUACCCCUCGAUUUGUCUGGCAGUCGCCGCCUGCUCUUUGUUUGCGUCUCUCUUUAUCGCCUGCUUCUGCUCUGGAAAUGUCCUUGUCCAAGUCAUAACGGCCUUGGGUUGUUUGGCUUUCUUUAUCAACGGAGUCCUUACGCUCCACGUUUUCAAUUUUGUGGGCAGACCGUCUGCAAAGCCCGUCGACAGUGAAAGGGGUUCUGCAAGCAAAGAAGUAGAAUGAUGACUUGGCCUGAUGCGGGUAAUCAUUGUAGACUAGUAGACUCGCAACGGAACUUUUGCCACUGGAAUUCCGGGUUGCUACUCCUUCAUGUUUAGUUUCAGCUGUGUAUGCCAACUAUAGUCGGCGAUAUUAAAAUUUCAAAUGUCUUGCAUGUGGCAGAUAAUACUGAGCUCGAGGAUAGGUGGCUAACUUAUCCUGCCAUUACAUAUAUGGUUUCG